AGUCAUCCAAACGCAAGAUGCCUUGAUAAGAAACACACUCUGCCACUGUAUCAUCAAGAAUUUUGCAUUUUAAUUUUAAACUAAUUCCAUUAUUUAAAGUUAUGUUUGUAUGAUUUUCAAAAUGUUCAUAAAUAGAUUGAGAAACACCUAUUGCCAAAGCUUCUUGGAUGGUGGCAUCUGUUACAUCAUUCGUUCUCGUAGCUUAUCGACACAACGUGACACAAAGGGACAGAAUCGUGUCCCCGGGAACGAGUUUGAAUAUAUCAUCCUGCAAGAACCGCGUCCUGAUCGCGAUCAGAUGAAACAAAUGAACGGAAGCAACAUUGCGGUGCGUCGAAUAGGCCUACUAGAUUUGGCCAAAAGCAAACUCUACGAAGCACAAUUUUUCUACGACGAAUUCAGCGGAAUGAGCGAGGUGAAGGUUGCCCAGAAUAAAGUUAUCGAGAUUCAGAACCAGCUGCAGCUGGUACAAGAGCGGAGACGACAUAUAUUGCUGGAAUUGACGCUUAUUCGCAAGCAGCUACAAGAUUUACACGUUGAAGUGCAGAAAACGGUGCGCGGGGAACAUCGAUACGUGGAACUGAUCAAAGAAGAGUUUGAAGUACUAGCGCGCGAAAAGGAAAAGAAUCAAAUCUUUCAAAUUGUUGACCAGGAGGAACGGGAUUUGUUCUCUCAUCUGACAUCGGCCGUUAAAACGUCCCACGAGAAGGAACGUACACAAGCAAAUAACGUAAAAUAUUGGUCGAUCAUUGGAUCUUGCGUGGGUGCCCUGCUAGGCAUCAUUGCCACUUCCAUCAACUACUACUACCGGAACACGCAGUUCGAAGCGAUCAAACAGACGACCGGGGAAAGCGUAACGCGAUUGGUGGGGGUAGAUGAGAAACUUGAUGGGUUGAACGUUACAUUGGAUUACAUAAAGGAAUAUGUAACGAUGCGGAAGCUAGAAGAGGACAGGUUACGAAUACUUGCACAAUCGGGAGCAGUGGAAGAAGAGAAACAACUGAAACCAUUGGAAAGUUGGAGUGAUUAUUUAAAGAGAAACACGAUCCGUAUUUAUAGGUUUUUUAUGCCGAUAACUAACAAAUGAUUGGACUGUUGUUAAAAUAAAAUUUAUUCAUUAAUUUACAAAUAA